AUGACAAUAUCAUACAAAUUGGGUACACCUCUUUGGGUGAAAUGUGAUGAUGGAGAGUGGUGGCCAGCAGUUGUUAGGGAGGCUGACGAGGAGUUGCUACUUCUUGUUGGUGGUGGAUACGAUAUGUGCGUUGAGUUUUAUCACGAUCCUGGUAAUCUUUAUCCGUUAGUGGCGAGUGACGACGGUAUACGGUUAUUUCACCAUUCAGAGAGUGAACGGGAUGCGGAGGAGCAGAAGUUUUUUCUAGUGAAGGCGACACAAGAUGCGGUGCAAAAAGCGUUUCAAGAUUUUGAUCGUAAUGCAGAUUCAAGAAAAGUAGUAGUACCGUACAACGCAAGGGAGCUACACUGUAUGUCGGCCCUAUUGCAAUCGGUUAACCACAAUACUGCUCUAGAUUUACGGCGUGCGUUGGAGCAGCAGGAAGGUAUAAACCUCUCCCCACGCAAGAAUAAACGUGUAGGUGAUAAUGAGAGGAAAAAACGUAAAAGAAGUAUUAACAAGAUAUCAGGCGAUAUGACAACGCAUCAUAAUGACUUAAAGGUGGGACUGAGUGAUGAAGAGUCAAGUUACUGGCCAAUUGAGCCAUCAACAAGAACAGGAAUAACAACAACAACAACAACUUUAUCAUCAUCAGUAGCAUUAUCAGAAACAGCAACAGGAAAUGCAACUGCGAUAGAAAGUACAGGUUCGAGUAUUCCUAGAGUCUCUCAUGUUGAGGGAAAAGAACUGUUCUGCGAACCUUUUACCCCUGCCGCAUUGGAUGUGCUUCGAAAAGAGGUUUUUGAAGACAAGGAUCGAUUAAUAUUAUCACCACUUUACCGCUAUCUUGAAGUACUUGGUGCUGUAGCGGUGGAUGGUGUGCCCUUGCAGACAACAUUACCUUCUCCACUCGCGUUGUGUGAAGUUCCGGAAGGUGGAUUUCCCCCAUCACGACGCGUUCUACUUGUAGCUCUCUCAGCUUCCACUUUUGAUCACACAGAUGGGUGGAUGGUACCUUUUGAAUACGAAGAUUCCACCAUUUCUAUGACACUUUCUGUGAACGACAAUUUGAUUGAGACACCUUGCAACCCUUCGCUACCUUCUGGGAAAGAAAUGUUGGCCGUAAAAACAGCCCCAGUGGCUGAUAUUACUUCUUAUGUAAUACGUGAAGAGUUGUUUUCAUUGAAAGUGGGUUUUACAGGUUUUUUAGAGGAUGCUGCGCUAUGGAAUGGUAUCAUUGUUGCUGUAUAUGCAGAUGAACUUGAUAUGGAUUUAUUGGUUAACAGAAUUGUUUCAAAUUAUCAGAUGCCACCUCGGAGGCGAAAACGUGAUAGUGUAGUUGGGGUGCAGGUGAAGAUUGUGUGCCCCAUUACAACACUCCCAUUGGAGAUUCCAGUACGAGGUUUUUCCUGUGAACACAUGCAAUGCAUGGAACUACGCUCUCUACUUGUGCAUUGUAUUCGUACCAAUGUCUGGAAUUGUCCACUGUGUUGGUCCCCAACUCUGCCGCGUACCAUUAUUGUGAAUUAUAGGUUGAAAGAAUGGUUAGAAACGCACCAAUCACAGAUAAGUGAAGUGGAGUUUAUUGUUGAAACACCUUCUGGAGGUCCUCUUCAACCCAUCUGGAGACAGAAAAGCUCCAGAAAAAUUGCUGAUGUCAUUGCCGUGGAAUAA